CUUCAGGGCGACUCGAAUGGUUUGUCAUUAUCGAGAAUUUGCUUGCUGCCUAAGCUUCUGAUUUCUAUAUAUUAUCACCAAUUCCUUUGAUUUUUAUUCAUCCAUCGUUGGUAAUUAGCUUCAACGGCACAACAGUAACAAGGAUUUCUGAAGGAUUAUGGCUUCUCCCGCUGUGCACGAUCUGAACUCCCUGAUUUCAUCUGAGGGGAGAGACUUUCUCAUCCGCAACAAUGGCGAUCAGGUCAAGAUCAGUUCCUUAAUCGGAAAGAACGUGGGAUUGUAUUUCUCGGCAUCAUGGUGCCCUCCGUGUCGUCGUUUCACCCCGAUUUUUGCUGGGGUUUAUGAGAAACUAGCAUCUAAGGGCGAUUUUGAAGUUAUCUUCGUUUCUUCUGAUAGAGAUGAUAACUCAUUCAAGGAUUACUUCUCUAAAAUGCCCUGGUUGUCAAUUCCAUUUUCCGAUUCGGACACCAUAAAACGCUUGAAGGAACUCUUCAAAGUGAGGGGAAUUCCUCACCUUCUUGUUCUUGAUGCCAACGGGAAGGUUUCAACUGAUCAAGGAGUGAGAAUGGUGAGCGAUCAUGGCGUUGAUGCCUAUCCUUUUACUUCUGAACAGAUCCAACUCCUGAAGGAGAGGGAGGAGGAAGCGAAAAGGAACCAGACCAUAAGUUCCAUUUUGGUUUCAAACUCACGCAAUUAUUUGAUCUCGAAUGAUGGAAAUCAGAUUCCUGUCUCUGAGCUAGAAGGGAAAGUGAUUGGUCUGUACUUCUCAGUGUAUGGCCAUGGAGCGUGUGACGAAUUUACGCCUAUUUUGGUCGAUGCUUACGAGAAACUGAAAGAAAAGGGACAGAACUUUGAGAUUGUGUUGAUCUCUUUCAAUGAUGAAGAUGAGGAAUUCAAAGAAGCAUUAAAAUCAAUGCCUUGGUUGGCAUUGCCAUUAAAGGAUGAGAAAUGUCGAGAACUCAUUCGAUAUUUUGAGAUUAGUGAGAUUCCUACUCUUGUCAUAAUUGGGCAGGACGGCAAGACUUUGCACCCGAAUGCAGUGGAACUCGUCGAAGAGCAUGGUUCUGAUGCCUACCCUUUCACUCCCGAACAACUUGAGAAUCUUGCUGAGAUUCAGAAGGCAAAGCUCGAGUCGCAGACUCUGGAGUCUCUUUUAGUUCAUGGAGAAAAUGAUUUUGUUAUUGAGAAAAGUGGUGCAAAGAUCCCAGUCUCUGAACUUGUUGGCAAGAACAUUUUGCUCUACUUCUCAGCACACUGGUGCCCUCCAUGCCGUGCAUUCUUGCCUAAGCUUAUCGAGGCAUACAACGAAAUUAAGCAAAAGGACAAAGAGUUCGAAGUCGUUUUCAUCUCAAGUGAUCGAGACCAAGAUUCGUUUCAAGAAUUCUUUUCAGGAAUGCCUUGGUUAACCCUGCCAUUUGGGGAUGAAAGGAAGAAGUUCCUGAAUCGCAGGUUCAAAAUCCAAGGCAUUCCUGCACUUGUAGCGCUUAACAAAAGUGGUCGCACAGUCUCGACAGAAGCCCGGAAGCUCAUCUCAGCUCAUGGUGCAGAUGCGUAUCCGUUUACAGAUGAACGUUUGAAGCAAUUGGAGGAGGAGCUAGAAGAAGAGGCAAAGGGGUGGCCUGAGAAACUGAAACAUGAACUACAUGAAGCUCAUGAACUUGUUAAAACACGUCGUUCAUAUGUUUGUGAUGGGUGCGAUGGAGUGGGAUCUGGUUGGUCCUUUCACUGUGGGGAAUGUGACUUCGAUUUGCACCCAAAAUGUGCUUUGAAAAAGAAAGAGGAAAGCAAGGAGGAGGGGAAAGAAGGGUGGGUUUGCGAGGGAGACGUGUGCCGCCGUAAAGCGUAAGUGUUCAUUCGUAUUUAGAAAGCAAAUAAAAUGGAAGCUUAUAAAUGGUAUAUGUUAUGCAGCAAUCAUGUUGCUUCAAGCCACAUCGUCUGUAAUGGUUUUGUUGGAUAUUGUAAUUUGAGAUAGCUUGAGCUAUAUCCCUCUCUUGCGUCUUUAAUAAAAUCUUUUUUAACUUG